AUGAUGGAAGACCUCCCAAUGGACGAAUUUACUUCCGUUCCCCCCUACGAGCCGGUCCCUGAUUUCGCUUCGUCUCAUGAAAUGUCAGACACCCCCACAGAUGGUACUUGGAGCCUGAACGACUCGGGACCCUCGACGCCCACCCAUGAAAAUGACUCCGUGGCCGACCCCAAGUCUCAGGUGGUGAAGCCAUAUGCCAUUGAGGAACCCCCCGAGGAGCCCAAAUAUGAAACCCGGAAUCUAGAGCUUCCCAGUCUUCCUGAUUUCCUCGAACGAUGGCAGCGCGAUCUUACAGACUACAUGGAAAACUUGGACUGGAAAUCCAACUUGAGCGCCAGCACCAGGCUGCAUACCAAUAGCCAGAAACGGGGUCAAAAGAGGAAGCCCACCCAUCCUGCAACCACCAGAUACUCCAACCCACCCAGGAAGACCAAAUUGGAAGACCCUCGAUGCCCAUGCCCGAGACUGAGCCUCAAGAGACAACGGAGAUGCAACAAACCAGUGCCAGAUACGCCGGCUGCCCAUGACACGGCAUUCCGGGAUUUUCGGGAAACCCAAUCGAACGAAAGUUCAAGCCCGGACCAGCAAUCGCCCACAGCCAGCAUGAAUGAUUCGGCAACUGAGAUGGACAUCGACUGA